AUUCGAGAUACGAACAUUCUAUUCUGGCACGGUCUGGUUCUGCUACAGGCUACUACUGAGACUCUAACCGAGUGAGAAUGUGAGCAGUGAGCUUACUCCGUCGGGUUCCGCAAUUUUUAUGCUUCUCUCUAUCUCAGUUCUCACACCAAACUUCAGUUAUUUAUAACAAUGGAGGAGAACGGAGCGCUCUUCCUCUUCUCUCUCUCACUUCUACUUCUCCCGCUUUCCUCCUCUUCCGCUCAGAUGCAAGGUUUUGUAAGUUUGGACUGUGGAGGUUCAGAAAAUUUCACUGAUGAGAUUGGUCUUAAAUGGAGCCCUGAUGAUAAGCUUCCUUAUGGAGAAGUAAGCACCAUAUCAGUUGCAAACGAGACGCGGCGGCAGUACACCACGCUUAGACACUUCCCUGCUGAUACCAAGAAAUACUGCUACACACUUGAUGUUGUGAGCAGGACAAGGUACCUACUGAGGGCCGCAUUCCUGUAUGGGAACUUUGAUAAUAACAAUGUUUAUCCUAAAUUUGACAUUUCUAUUGGGGCUACACAUUGGUCUACUAUUGUUAUAUCAGAUGCUAACCUUAUAGAAAUGAGAGAGCUUAUAUUUUUGGCUUCAAGUUCUGCUGUGAGUGUGUGUUUAUCGAACGCCACAACAGGGCAGCCGUUCAUAUCUACACUUGAGCUCCGGCAAUUCAAUGGUUCCGUUUAUUAUACACAAUAUGAGGAACAAUUUUACCUCAGUGUCUCUGCACGGAUAAAUUUUGGAGCAGAAACUGAUGCUCCAAUCAGGUAUCCUGAUGAUCCUUUUGAUAGAAUAUGGGAGUCGGAUUCUGUGAAGAAAGCAAAUUUUCUUGUUGAUGUUGCUGAUGGUACCAAGAAAAUCUCAACCGAAGUACCAAUUGAUGUUAACAGAGACGAAAUACCCCCAGUGAAAGUGAUGCAGACAGCAGUAGUAGGCACAAAUGGGUCUCUAACUUACCGGUUGAACUUGGAUGGUUUUCCUGGUACUGGUUGGGCAUUCUCUUAUUGUGCAGAAAUUGAAGAUUUAGGUCCAAAUGAUUCCAGAAAAUUUAGGCUAGUACUUCCAGGCCAGCCUGAUAUUAGCAAGGCUGUUGUAAAUAUUGAAGAAAAUGCUCAGGGAAAGUAUCGCCUCUAUGAACCAGGAUUUAACAACAUAUCCCUGCCCUUUGUGCUUUCUUUUAGAUUUGGCAAGACCUCUGAUUCUUCCAAGGGUCCUCUUCUAAAUGCAAUGGAGAUAAAUAAAUAUUUGGAGAAAAAUGAUGGCUCUAUUGAUUUAGCAGCUGUUUCUAGUGUAUUGUCACACUACCCUUCGGCAGAUUGGGCACAAGAGGGAGGGGACCCUUGUCUACCUGUUCCAUGGUCAUGGAUCCGCUGUAAUUCAGAUCCUCAACCAAAAGUAGUUUCAGUCUUAUUGUCCGGUAAAAACCUGACUGGAAAUAUUCCUUUGGAUAUCACCAAACUGACUGGUCUAGUUGAACUAUGGCUUGAUGGAAACAUGUUAACUGGCCCAAUACCAGAUUUUACUGGGUGCAUGGACUUAAAGAUCAUCCAUGUAUGCUUAAUGCUCAAGUGACUAUCCUUCAAACUUGUUCAAUUAUUAUUUUAUAUAUUUAUUAAUUAUGAUUUUCACAGGUAUGUGCAAAAUAAUUUGUUAUCUGGAACAAUACCAUCUGCUCUUCUGAGCAAAGAUUUGGUUUUAGACUACUCUGGAAACAUUAAUCUUCACAGGGGGAAAAGAAUAGAGGGCAAAACGUAUGUUAUUAUCGGUUCCACAGUGGGGGCUUCUGUUCUACUAUUGGCCACUAUUAUAUCUUACUUGUUUAUGCGUAAAGGAAAUAGAAGGUAUUUUGAGCAAGAUCACAACUCUUCUCUCCCUACUCAAAAGCUGGCUUCCUGGAAAAAUGAUGAUGCUGCAGAAACUGCUCACUGCUUCAGUUUUUCCGAAAUUUUAAAUGCCACAAAUAAUUUUGAGAAAAAGAUUGGUUCUGGUGGUUUUGGAGUUGUGUACUACGGGAAACUGAAAGAUGGAAAAGAGAUAGCUGUAAAAGUUUUGACCAAUAAUUCCUAUCAAGGCAAGCGAGAGUUCUCCAAUGAGGUGACACUUCUUUCAAGAAUACAUCACAGAAAUUUGGUACAGCUUCUUGGGUAUUGCCGGGAGGAAGAUAGUAGCAUGCUCGUUUAUGAAUUCAUGCACAAUGGAACUCUCAAGGAACAUCUCUAUGGUCCAUUAACGCAUGGACGGAGUAUCAAUUGGAUUAAGCGGCUUGAGGUUGCAGAAGAUGCUGCAAAAGGGAUUGAAUACCUUCAUACGGGUUGUAUUCCUGUCGUUAUCCAUAGAGAUGUAAAAAGCAGCAAUAUUCUUCUUGACAAGCAAAUGAGAGCUAAGGUCUCAGAUUUUGGUCUUUCAAAACUUGCUGUUGAUGGAGUUUCCCAUGUUUCUAGCAUAGUUCGGGGGACAGUAGGAUAUCUUGAUCCUGAGUACUAUAUCUCCCAGCAGCUGACUGACAAGAGCGAUGUUUAUAGUUUUGGUGUAAUUCUUCUUGAACUCAUAUCUGGACAAGAAGCAAUAUCAAAUGAAAACUUUGGUGUUAACUGCCGAAACAUAGUCCAGUGGGCAAAAUUUCACAUUGAGAGUGGUGACAUACAAGGAAUUAUUGACCCCAUGCUAAGGAAUGAUUACGACCUACAAUCAAUGUGGAAAAUAGCAGAGAAAGCAUUGAUGUGUGUUCAACCUCAUGGAUAUAUGAGGCCAUCGAUUUCUGAAGUUCUGAAGGAGAUCCAAGAUGCAAUAGCUAUUGAGAGAGAGGCUGAAAGCAAUUCACGUGGCUUGUCAAGAAAUUCUUUCCACUCUUCCGUGAACAUAGGUUCAAUGGAUCUAGGUGCCACUGAGAGUUAUCUCUCAAUUGAUGAAUCCAUUGCACGCCCAACCGCAAGAUAAAUCUAUUGAUUUUUACUAGUUAUUUAUUUCUCUGUCUUAUUUGAUUUUUCUAUCCUUGCUUUCCUGUGUGGGGGAGGCCUUUAGUUUGUUCAUAUUUGGUCCAGGAUUGAUUCCUCCAAAACAACAAUGUGUAUGUAUUAUGUAUAUUCGAGUGAUAAUGCGUUCUGGAUUAGAAGGAAAUGCAUCAAUGACGUCGUAUUUAUUUAA